UGUGGACGGAAAAUGCCAACCAGACUCAACUCCUCUCUUAAAUAGGAAUGUGCGCGAACUAUCUGCUGUUUUCACCCACCCCCGCAACAGAAACGCCGGCGUGUUAGAACACAACUCGAAAGUAAAUUGCGACUGUGGGAGUUGCUUCGGAUGCAAAGCUGGUUGAGGGAGUGAAGUCGGCGCUUUCCGAGGCGUGGAGGUGGUGAUCCAGGCGUGGUCAGUCCGGGCUGGAGCCGCCGCCGCUGCUGCUGCUGCUGCUGUCCCCGGGGGCCCGGGACACACAACCUGUCUGACACAAGGCGCGGGGGACACCAGACCUGCCGCUGACCGCACACCAUGUCUGGCAAGGGGCGCGGCCGCGGGAGAGCACAGUUCACUUUCAAUAUCGAAGCUAUCGGCUUUUCCCGAGGCGAGUCCUUACCUGACACUAGGUGCCAACCGCUGCCGUUAUUCCCGCCAACAGAAUUUAAGCCAGUCCCCUUGAAUACAGGGGAAGAUGCAAACUAUAUCCUAGCCUUGAAGCAGGAGUUAAGGGGAACCUGCAAGAAGCUGCCUUACUACAUUGAAGCUGCUAUUGAAAAUAAAGAUGUGGAAAGGUAUACGCAGAAGUAUACGGAAAAAGAUGGCAACAAGAACUGGACACCAGAUUGGAGGAGACUUCCACGGGAGCUAAAACCAAGAACAAAAGUGUUAAAAAAAGCAAAAACUGUUGCAGAUGCGCCCUCGGUCUCUAAAAUGAAGAGUCCCGUAGUUGUGGCUGACAAAUCUAACGAGGAUGUAAUCCAGAAACUGGAGGUUCUAGAAAAGAAAGAUACAGAAAAUAAAUCUGAUGAAGAAACUGAAGAGAAGGAAAAAGAAGAGGAGGAAAAUGCUGAGGAUGAAGAGUACAUUGAGGAAGAAGUGGAAGAGGACAAUGACUAUAUUGCAUCUUACUUUGAAGAUGGCGAUGACUAUGCAGUUAGUGAUGAUAAUAUGGAUGAAGCUACAUACUAGCAGUGCCUGGCAAUCUAUGUACUUCAAGCACUGUGAAACUAUUCAACAAUAGAGUUAGGAUUAUUUUAACUUUCCUCAGGUCACUGCAAAAUCUUGUUUUGCAAAUGCAAAGUAAUUAAAAUUAAAAUCCUUGUUUACACUGAAGAUAACAGGUUUGCGAUGAAACAUAGAUUAGAUCUCGGCACUUAAGACUUGAUUGAUUAGAUAGUAAAAUGCUGGAAACAGAUCUUGGUUAAUGCACUAGCAUUGAUGUACUAUUAUAUAAUUAUGCACUUCUUGAGAGAAAAAUAUUGCAAAAAUUAGUUUUAUUGAGGAAAAACACUUCAGAGAAGCAUAUUAUUAAAUUAUCCUAAUUUGUAUAUUGGAA